AUGGCACGUCAAGACUCGCUCGCGGGGCCCUUCGAGGACAUUCCCAUCCCCAAAGAUGCCACCUUGCUCGACUACGAGGGAGAGCUGUGUGUCGUGCUUGGGGAAGAUGUCAAAAAUCUUUCCCCUGACGAUGACCCGUUGGACUAUGUCCUGGGUUAUACAAGUGGAAACGACGUGUCCUCGCGCUUUUGGCAGCAACAGAACCAAAGUGGUGGCCAGCACGGCUACGCAAAGUCCUUUGACAAGUUCGCGCCCUUGGGCCCCGUGCUCGUCUCCCGGCGUGUCAUCAAAGAGCCUGGAGAUUUGACCCUCAAGACCUGGGUCAAUGGCGAGCUGAGGCAAAAUGGGAACACGAAUGACUUGAUUUUCGAUGUCCCUACCCUCAUCAGACACCUGUCUCGUGGCAUGACCCUUCGGAAGGGCACUGUCAUCAUGACGGGAACCCCAAGUGGAGUAGGUAUUGUCCAAAACCCUCCGGCUCCUCUUCAGGACGGCGAUGUCGUCGAGGUGGAGAUUUCUGAGAUUGGCCGCAUAAAGAACAAAAUGGUGUUUAUCAAAUAG